AUGGUUUUCCACUGCCAGCUUUGCCCGUCCUCCUUCUAUUGGGAGGACGAACUUUUCGAACACGAGGACGAUUUCCACCCCAUUUGUGGCCCUUGCAAUAAGCGGUUCUCGUCCCAGUGGGGUCUGACACAACACUACGUGCAAAGCCCGCGACAUGCGUACUGCCAGAAAUGCCGCCGCCUCUUUCCGGACUGGUCCGCCCUCUAUAGUCACUACGACGAGCAGCACUACUACUGCAGCGUUUGUAGCUCAAUCUUCGAUUUUGAAGUCGGCCUUCAUGAGCAUCGCCGUCAGAAACACGCCAACCUGUACUGUGUUCCGUGCAAGCGCAUGUUUCAGAACGCGAACAACCUCGAUAGCCAUCGCCGUUCAUCCAUUCACCAGGGGCGCACCGUCCAAUGUCCCAUGCAGGGAUGCAAGGGGACGUUCGUCUCCACCGCCGCACUCGUUCUCCACCUCGAGUCCGGUGCGUGCGUAUCCCGUAUGACGCGCGACGCCGUCAACCGCAUCGUCGUGCAGGUCGACCGCUCGAACAUCAUCACGAACCCCGCGCGCCUCAUCACCGGCGCGCCCACUUCCGGGGGUACGACGGUCACCGCGACCUGGGCUACGCAGCGCGCGUGGAACGGGACGCACUACGAGUGCUACCUCUGCCAUCGCGGGUACAAGUCCCUCCACGCGUUGAACCAACACCUCCAGAGUUCGGCACACGCGGAGAAGAUGUAUCGCUGCCCGCAGGGGUGGUCCGGGUGCGGCGCGGAGUUCGGCACCCUUAGCGCGUUCUGUCAGCACGUUGAGGGCGGGAAGUGUGGCGUGCGUCGCUUCCAGGGCGAAUUUAACCGGGUGAUGGGGCAGCUGUCGAGUGGCAUGAAACAGCUUACGAUGGGCAGCUAGAUUUCUCACCUUCUGCGGCCGAUGGUGCGUACUAUCUCUCGUCUUCUGUAGUCGCGUUUAUCGUUAAAGUAACGAUUAAGAUUC